AAGGACGUGGGAAUCGUGCCGCUGCUGCUCAUACCACAAUUGGUCCAUGAGUCCUCAGACAAAGCCGACGUCGACGGCGCCGCUGCCGUCCGUGGACCCUGCCGCGGCACAGAAAGCGCUCGAUAAGAAGAUGAAGCAAAGACUUUACAUUCGCAAGAUGAUGCGAAUCUACCGCGAUGAGCAUCGACAGUGCCGCGAGUACCUGAUCAAGCGCAUCGACGAACUCUCUGUGCAACUCGCCGAACUCGUGCGCAGAUCGUCUGUGCGAAAGGAAUCGUCCACGAUGCUGUCGUGGCGUGACGUUUCACACGCCAUACACGAAGACCUGCAAGCGUGUGCAGGCGACAACCAGGGGCUCGAGAGCCAAGUUGGCGCGUACAGAAACCUCCUUGGCAACAUGCAACGAUGGGUUGCAUCAUGUGAACGCGUCACGGAGUCGUUGAGCCCGGCGCAGCCAUCGUGGCGGUUGGCGACAUUGCUCGCCGAUCCUCAGGCAAGACGUCUGGGGAAGGCAUGGAUCACACAGCACAUGUAUCACAACUCUGGCAAGAUGUUCCAAAACUUCCCGCCGGCAUCGCCAUGGGAGGAUGUGUCGGCGAUCGACGUCUCGUUCGAAGGAGACCUUAUGUACCUGACGUUGCAACGGCAGUUCGUGCUUCCUGGGCCAUUACACGACGUUUUGGAAAUGUAUCGCCAUCAUUUGAUCGAUGUAAUGAUGCCUGAGCACUUUGAAAAUCGCGAUGUUCAGUCGCUGACCGAGACCACUGACACGACGGUGCUGCAUCAAGCGAUCACGCCCCACACGAAUGAGUUCAUGUCGUUCCUUGGCGGGGAGUUCCAUGACGGCCCCGACAAAGUCAUGUUUGUCAUUCAGCAGAUCGUCGACGACGAAACACAGACCAAGCACCACCACCAUCAUCGCCAGCGGAAUCGCAAGUUCUGGUUCGUCCAACCUGAUCUCUCAAGCUCCUUGGAACAAGCUCAUCACGACGGUAGGGUCGAGAUGCGGCCACAGCCCGUUGGUGGUGGGACCUACAUCAGGUACAUCGCGAUCUGCACCCAGAGCCUCGCGCAAGGUCGAUACUUCACGCUCGAGGAAGAGGCAUCCGUGUUUGGGUUGGACUUGUCGACCUGCCCCGACGUCGACAAAGAGUCACGACUGACUACGCACAUGACCCGCAUUAUAUGGCAAAAGCGAUGGAAUUGUCAGAAACGAGCGGGCGACCUACUUAGCCAGAGCAUCGUGGCAACCUAAUCUAUCGAACACCGCCCGUGUCGCCGUCCUACAGCUGCGUUCGCCAUCUCGGCAUUUAACAAGUGAAAUCUUCGGCAAGUACUGACUGUGUGGAGAGGACGACCUGCCCACAUUGCAUCCCGUGCCAUGGAAACCUCGAAACGUCCCUUUCGUUGUCGAAGUGGUGCUCGAAGGUGCCCUUGACAAACAUGUCCAUGUGCAGCAUGUCGUUUAGGUUGUACAGCAGGACGUCCGUGUUGUAUUCAUGGGGACAACUCAAGGGCCAUUACGACCAACAGACACUGGUAUCGGCUGUCCGUGGCUUCCAGUCCAUGUGACAGUUGAUCGACUUGGUGUGCCACGUACUCUUGGUACAGUCCCUUGGGCCCGUAGCCACUGAUGGUCGGAAGUCGGAGGACCUCUUGGGAGCGACGACUUGCCGUGGUGUCGUCCAAGCCGCGUGACCUCCCUCAACUUUGUCAAUGGAGGUAUUUGUAAAAUUUAGCCAAUCAUGGACGUUUCCAGCAUAAAUUUUGAAAUUUUAGCGAUUUGUGAAA